UAUGCAUUUUCUACAUUUAUCGUUUGUAUCGUCAACGCAGAGGUAAUAAUGAACAAUUUUUGUCUUCUACAAUGGCCGACGUAGAAUUGGCGAUUCUACCUGAAGUACCUUGCCGAAACACUCAAUUCAAUAUGAUUUACAGUCCUAUGUUACAUUAUAACCCGGAUGAAUGUGCGAUAACUAAAAUCUCACGAAAUCAAAUUACAUUUACGAAACAUCUCGGUAGCGGCGCAUUCGGAAUGGUAUAUCAAGGAAAAGUGAAGGAUUUAGAAAAAUCGGGCACAGAGAUAUCCGUUGCAAUAAAAACGCUUCGAAAAGAUGCAUCUUCCCAUGAGAAAGAGAAAUUGUUAAAGGAAGCCAAGCUUAUGAAUCAUUUUCAACACAAACAUAUGUUAAAAUUGUUGGCCGUUUGUUUAGAUGGAGAUUCUCCGUUACUAGUGUUGGAAUUGAUGGAAACUGGAGAUCUGUUAAAAUAUUUGAGAGAAUGUCGAAAUUUGCAAGCGUCAGAUUCGUCUGCUUUGCGUUUGCAGGAUUUGCUCGCCAUGUGCGAAGAUGUUGCGCGAGGUUGUUGCUACUUGGAAGAGUUGCGUUUCGUACAUAGAGAUCUAGCGUGUCGCAAUUGUUUAGUAUCUUCGAGGAAUCGAGAGAAUCGUGUCAUCAAAAUUGGAGAUUUUGGACUAGCUAGAGAUAUCUACAAGGAUGAUUAUUAUCGCUUGAAAGGAGAAGGUUUGCUUCCUAUUCGCUGGAUGGCACCCGAAUCUUUGAUAAUGGGAAUAUUUACUUCUCAAAGCGAUGUUUGGUCAUUUGGUAUAUUAAUGUGGGAAAUUACAUCGUUGGGUGAGCAACCUUAUAGUGCCAAGGCUAAUGAAGAAGUGAUAAAUUAUGUACGUGCCGGAGGCAGGUUGCCAAUAACUCUUAACUGUCCGUCACCAUUGUACCAGAUGAUGCUAAGUUGCUGGAGUGCAGCGGAUGCUAGACCAAAUUUCGAAUUUUGUCUGAAAAAUAUUAUAGCAUUAAGAAAGAACAUAGAGGAUGCCUUACUGAGUCCGGUCGAUAUUAUUUAGCCGAUAUACUUAAAUUAAUGUUUAUGUUA